CUCCAAAAUCGAUAUAAGAAAUUUGUUGGGAGCUGCCGCAUACAGUUGUUUUCAAAUUUACGAAGUUUGAACGAUUUUGGGGAAAAGUUGACGACUUUGCUUUUUCGGUUUAAAUUCCGAAGUUUCCUAGAGUUUCGUGAGGGGUUACUUUCUAACUUAAAGUUUUUCUGUGUUUAAGUUCCUGUGAGAGUGCAGAACCUAGCCAAACUGGGAUAAAGAUGAAUCACGAACGCAGUCGUAGUCCAGAAGGAAACGGAUACGGUGGAGGCGGAGGAGGACGUUCGUAUCGAGGAGGCGGCGGAGGAGGACGAGCUCCUAUUGGCUACGCGCACCGUGACGAGAAAAGCGGAGGCUAUCGGCUACAUAUAGCCAAUAUCUCGGACGAUGUCUCUCAAGGUGACGUAACGGAUGCCUUUUCCAAAUACGGCAGCGUGAAGGAGUUUUGGAUGAGCCAGGAUUCUCCGCGUUUCGGGUUUCUGGUGUUUGAGACGCAGGACGAAGCGGAGAGCGCAAUCUCCAACUUGAACGACAGUGACCUCCAUGGCAACACCAUUCGCGUCAGCUGGGCAAAGCCCCGUGACCAGAGCAGUCGCGGUGGGCGAGGAGGGCGCGGUGGCAGCUACGGAGGCGGCGGUGGUCGCUAUGGUGGCGGGGGUGACGACUAUGGUGGGCGUAGUGGUGGCGGAGGCCGCGGCAGCUAUGGAGGUGGUCGCGGAGGCUUCGGUGGCGGCGGCGGUGGUGGAGACAGAGCGUGCUUCAACUGCGGUCGCACUGGGCAUAUGUCGCGCGACUGCCGUUCGGGCGGCGGUGGACGAGGUGGUAGUCGUGGAGGAAGCCGCGGACGCGGUGGUGGAGGGUACGGCGGUGGCGGAUACUGAACGGAGAAAGCCGCUGCUGAAUGCCCAUCCAUCUACCUAUCGUAAUCUUAUUGUAUUCUGCAUUAAAGGCGUCAUGUUAUGGUCUUCUCAUUCAAUCUGUAUAUUCCUGCACUUAUGCGAGCGACUGGGCUGUGGUGCAUUUGUUGCUUAUAAGUUAUAAUAUUUUGUUUUAGUAGUCCUGGACACGGUUAUAAACUUACACGUCAUUCAGAUGUUGUUGUGUAUGAUGCUUGUUAACUGGUAAUCUGGCUGUGUGACCUGUGUUGUUAUUCUUUGAAGUCCUUAAUGUUGAAUUAAAUUAACGAUAAGUA